CCAUCACCAACCUCGACGGGACCCCCUUAACUUUUUCCUCUUUGUCCCAUAUCACGAUAUUUGACCAUCACCCUCAUACACGACGAAAAGGCUUGAGUCCCGCUUACGGAUUGUUGUUGUUGUACCACUCACAAUCAAACACCCAAGUCUGUGUUACGGACGUACAGAGGGUGUCACCUCCAAAGCCUCGCUACACUACCUACCUACCUAGCUAGCUAGCGCAUUUCCCCAACCUCCAUAAGCCGAGCAAGAUAGGGCUUCGCGUCUAUCAUUCAAAGGGACAACAACCCCGUAAUUCGAUGGGUUGACCAGAGCAUCUUGGCCAUUUGCCAUCAAGGGACUGAUAUUCUCAACAACAAGCGAAACCAUUGACGAAUUGCGCAUUCCCUUUGACCGGCUUAUCCACGAGGCGCAUCUGCUUUCAUAUCGAUCCCAUCUCAUUCAUCAUCAAUCAGGUCGCAAAGCCAAGACCCCGCCCGCUCCAAGUUCUCCGACACAAAACAAGCAUCAAGACUCCACUCUCACCAACACCAAAAACCAUAUUUUGUUCAUCGGCUCAUUCGCCCAGCCUUUGAGAAGAAAUCCAUCUUUGUGGUCAUGGGAGGCGGCGGCGGCGCCAAUGGUGACGACCCCGGCGAGGCCAACAACACCAACACCAGCGGCCAACAAGAAUCUCCUCCCCCGGCACCGGCUUUGCAAGUCAUCGUUCUGGGCUCUGGUGGAGGACCUCUCGAGUCCAAUGUCACGGCCUUUCUUGUACGCCCAAUAGCUGCGGGCUGGAGGAGAGGGUCAGUCAUUGCCGUGGAUGCAGGCGUACAUCUCAGUGCCAUCGAGCAGAUUUUGGCAAAGACUCAACCAGCCACCCUUGGCGAGGAUGAAGAACACGCUUUACCAUACACCCUCAAAACAGGGCCCUUUGCCGGGCUUCAGGUUCCUAUGGCUACAUCGUCUGCCAAUGCAUCUUUCAUUCACCGGACCCUGAUCGACACGUACCUAAUAACACACCCUCAUCUCGAUCACAUCUCCGGCUUCGUAAUCAACACAGCAGGUCUGGGUAGUUCAAGACCCAAGAAACUCGCCGGCCUACCCAACACGAUAGCAGCCUUCAAGACUCACAUUUUCAACAACAUCAUCUGGCCCAACCUGAGUGAUGAGAACAACGGAGUGGGGUUGGUGACGUAUACGCGCUUGGUAGAGGGUGGCUCACCAGCGCUGGGAGAGGGGGACUCCAAGGGCUAUCUUGAGAUCACUGACGACCUCGCAGUCAAGGUUUGGGCUGUCAGUCAUGGUCAUUGCUAUGAGAGGCACAGCCAUCGUGGCAGCGGAAGCGUCACGCGCCCGGGAAGCUUCGAUGCUUCCUCCAUGGGAGCAACGCCGAUGAGUGUAAUGAGCCCGCCCAUGUCCCACCUGGGGCCCCGUGGGCUUGCUCAUCACAACAGCAUAUCGGCAGCUAAUAACAGUCUGGCCGCGUUGCUUCAACAACAGCAGCAAAGAGACCAGGAUCGAAUGUCUAUUCACCAAGGAAAUCUGUUCGGCGGCGGCGGUCGCAGCAGCUCCAUCUCAGGUCUCGGUGGCGGACACGCAACAGAUGAAUCAGUAUGUGUUUACGACAGCUCGGCCUACUUCAUCCGCGAUGUGACCACUGGCAGGGAGAUUAUCAUCUUUGGUGACGUUGAGCCAGACUCCGUCAGUUUGUCACCACGGAACCGGAACAUCUGGCGAGAGGCCGCUCCCAAGAUAGCCAGUGGGAAGCUCACUGCAAUUUUCAUCGAAUGCAGCUUUGACGAUUCCCAGACGGAUGAUCGUCUGUUCGGGCAUCUCACACCAAGGUACAUCAUGGAGGAAUUGACCGCCUUGGCUGAGGAGGUAACAGCCGCGAGGAUGGACAUCCUACGCAGAAAGUACGAAACGGAACACGGUAUCAAGCGCCAGUCAACCUCUCGACCUGGCCCCAUGGGACGGAGCUACUCCGACUACGGAAGCGUCGGCAGUGAUAAGAAACGCAAACGCCAAGAGGAGGACGACCGCAACACCCGACGAAGGACGAUAACAUCCCAGGCGCGAGCAGCCAGUGCGCACCCGGGAUUCAGAACCAGGAGAGAACCAUCGACAGCAGCGGGGGCAGGAGCAGAAAAAAGCCAACAGCCACAUUCAUCACAGCAACAAGACCCUCGGCAACCCACCGAAGAUUCCAUCUCCCCCAAAUCCCGCAAGCGCUACGAAAACCGCCACAGCUCAGCCUCCGCGCAAGCAGCCGCCGCAGCAGCAAGCACUACCUCGUUGUAUGAAAAUGACGGUGUCAAUCCGCGUAACCCAACCGGCUUCAGAAUCGACACGCCUCACCUAGCCACUCCCACGGGCGAGAUGUCCCUCGACGACUUCCAGCAGCGCGCCACGACCAACCACCAACCACCAUUCAACGCUGCCCUCCAACAACAUCAAAUGGGCAUUUCCCGACCCGAACUCCCCCACUUCCACCUCUCCGAGCCUACCUCGCCUUACGGCUCCCCGUCGCCAUCCAACGCAAUGUCCACCUUUCCCCCCUCCCGCCCCCAGCAACACCAGCAGCCGUACACUUCUCCCAACUCAACCACCCCAGUGUCAACAACAACGCCUCUUCUUCGUCGUCGUCAGGAGGUGGGUCAGGGUCAGGGUCAGGAGGCCCCGUGUCUUCAUCCGCCGCAUCCAACGUAACUCCUGCCACCUCCAUGUCGCUCUACCUCAACGGCAACACGCGCGACAUGAUGGACGUGGACUCCCACGCCGACGUGGACGUCAACGCGGAGCUGGCGCGGCAGUUGCCCAAGCAGCCGCUCAAGGGACUGAAAGUGGUGAUUAUCCAUGUCAAGGAUCGCAUGGUGGACGGGCCGGGCGCGGGCGAGGUGAUUUUGGAGCAGCUGGUGGAACAUGAGGAGGAAGUCAGGUUGGGGGUCGAGUGGGUUAUGAGUUUUGCGGGGCAGGAGGUUUUUGUGUAGGGAAGGAGAGGGUGAAUCGGGGGAGAUAGCAUGGGGAUUUUUUUUCAUCCUCGUAAGGGGAGGCUUUAGGUAUAUAUAUAUUUAUCUAUGCAAGGGUCAUAUAUAGUGGACAAAGGGUUGUCGGUAUUUUUUUUCUUGUUCGAUUCUUUAGCGAUGUGUUGCUAUUGUAUAGUACGUUAUAUCAGUUUGGGGCUUCUAUCGUGUCUUCAUUUUCUUCUUCUCUCUUAUAAUUAAGGCGGUGAGGUGUGAAAGAGUACCUGGGAAACUGUGUUGAAAGGCAUGUUCGGUAGCCAAAAGUGUAUAUUACACAAUAUGAUCACAGCAUGCGCAUGAAGUAAAUAUCAAGGGGAG